CUCCUGCUGUAGUUUAUCACAUAUUUCAUGACACUGGCAAACAGUUCAUAUUGUUUUGCCUCCUGUAGUUUUGCUCUGUGGUGAGCUCUGACAGCUGUCCUGUUUUCUCUACAUGUGGACUGAAGCAGUUCUCAGUGCAGCUUUUCCACAUAUUCUCCCUCGGAGGUGAGAAAAGCUCAGCGCGCAUGCGCAGCGUAGUCAUCUGACGGGCUGAGCGCUGUGGACGCUUCGCGUUACCGCUACAUCUCGGGCCACCACAGAGCGGGACACAGACAGACUACCUCCAUGAGGGACCGUCUCCUGCGAGAAUAAAACCCUUCUGCAGACGAGGACUAGCCGAGGAGACGACCCCAUCUACCCGGAGGCUGUGAGUUUCGCAUGCCGGGAGCCGUCUCCUGAGAUGUAGCCCGCAGCAGCAGCGUCCGCGGGGCUCGUUGUAUCGCUCGGUCGCUGCAUGGCUCUACCAGGGGAUGCCAUGACAAUCAGAGCAGCCGACUGAGAGACCGCUGCUCCUCGCUAUCACAGACUCGGCGGCGGCGGCGGUGGUGGUGAGCGAUGGAUACCGGUGGAAAGAUCCACUGUAGGUAGCGUUCACGAAGAUCCACGGAGAGCUGAACGUCUCUGUUGCACGGUGUAGUCGCCGCCGGAGCUGUUUGAAGGAUGGAUUUCAGCCUGCUCCGGAGCAUCAUCAGCAGAUACUGUGUGGGGGAGGAGAUCUGGGUGGACAGUCGGACGGUGUACAUCGGGCAUAAAGAACCCCCUCCGGGAGCCGAGGCCUACAUCCCUCAGCGUUACCCCGACAACCGCAUCGUCUCUUCCAAGUACACCUUCUGGAACUUCAUCCCCAAGAAUUUGUUUGAGCAGUUCAGAAGAAUCGCUAAUUUCUACUUCUUGGUCAUAUUUCUGGUCCAGCUUAUCAUCGACACCCCCACCAGCCCGGUCACCAGCGGCCUGCCCCUCUUCUUUGUUAUCACUGUCACUGCCAUAAAACAGGGCUACGAGGACUGGCUCAGACAUAAGGCUGACUGCUCUAUAAAUGAGUGUCCGGUGGACGUGGUGCAGCGGGGGAAGGUGGUGAGGACGCAGAGUCACAAGCUACGGGUUGGGGACAUUGUUGUGGUGAGGGAGGACGAGACCUUCCCAUGUGACCUCAUCCUGCUCUCCUCCAGCCGCCAUGAUGGGACCUGCUACGUCACCACCACCAGCCUGGACGGGGAGUCCAGUCACAAGACCUAUUAUGCUGUACCAGAUACCAUGGCAUUUAGAACGGAGCAGGAGGUGGAUUCGCUACAUGCCACUAUUGAAUGUGAACAACCGCAGCCCGACCUCUACAAAUUUGUUGGACGCAUCAAUAUUUACAAGGACAAAGAAGAGCCUGUGGCUAGACCACUUGGGGCUGAGAACUUGCUCCUUAGAGGAGCCACACUGAAGAACACACAUCAUAUUUAUGCUGUUGCAGUCUACACUGGAAUGGAGACCAAGAUGGCGCUAAAUUACCAGUCUAAAUCUCAGAAACGCUCUGCUGUAGAGAAGUCGAUGAAUGCCUUCCUGAUCGUGUAUCUGUGCAUCCUUAUCAGCAAAGCGGUGAUCAACACUGUUCUGAAAUAUGCUUGGCAGUGGUCUCCUGACCGAGACGAGCCCUGGUACAACCACAGGACUGAGAAUGAGCGCCAACGCCACGUGGUGAUCCGAGCAUUCACAGACUUCCUGGCCUUCAUGGUCUUAUUCAAUUACAUCAUCCCAGUCUCUAUGUACGUGACGGUGGAGAUGCAGAAAUUCCUUGGCUCCUAUUUCAUCACCUGGGACGAGGACAUGUUCGACGAAGAGCUCGGAGAGGGCGCUCAGGUCAACACCUCCGACCUGAAUGAAGAGCUGGGACAGGUGGAGUAUGUGUUUACUGAUAAGACGGGCACUCUGACUGAGAAUAACAUGGAGUUUAUUGAAUGCUGUGUCGAUGGGAACGUCUACAUCCCGCAUGCCAUCUGCAACGGCCAAAUCCUCAGCGCUGCCUCCAGUAUAGACAUGAUUGAUUCCUCACCUGGAGGAUACAGGAGAGAACACGAGGAUCUGUUUUUCCGGGCACUGUGUCUGUGCCACACGGUGCAGGUGAAGGAGGAGGAAACAGUGGAUGGUAUCAAGAGGGGCAUCCACCAGGGCCGGCCCACCUCCUUCUACAUCUCCUCCUCACCGGAUGAGGUGGCUUUGGUGGAGGGAAUGAAAAGGCUGGGUUACACCUACCUGAGACUGAAAGACAACUACAUGGAGAUCCUCAACAAGGACGACGAGAUUGAAAGGUUUGAGCUGCUCCACGUUCUCAACUUUGACUCUGUCAGGAGGAGAAUGAGUGUCAUAGUGAAGUCGAGCUCAGGAGAAUACCUGCUGUUUUGUAAGGGAGCAGACUCAUCCAUAUUUCCUCGGGUGGUGUCUGGGAAGGUGGAGCAGGUGAAAGCACGGGUUGAGCAGAAUGCUGUGGAGGGGCUGCGGACUCUGUGCGUCGCCUACAAAAGGCUGUCGCAGUCUGAGUACGAGGAGGCGUGUCAUCACCUGACCGCAGCCAAACUGGCCCUGCAGGACAGGGAGCAGAGACUGGCACAGGCCUAUGACAUCAUCGAGAGGGACUUUGUGCUUUUGGGCGCUACGGCAGUGGAGGACAGGCUCCAGGAGAAAGCCGCAGACACCAUUGAGUCGCUGCACAAGGCGGGGAUGAAGGUUUGGGUCCUGACAGGGGACAAGAUGGAGACAGCGGCGGCUACCUGCUACGCCAGCAAGCUGUUCCGUCGCAGCACCCAGAUCCUGGAGCUGACCAAGAAACGCACAGAGGAGCAGAGUCUGCAUGAUGUGCUGUUUGAACUAAACAGGACUGUUCUCAGACAACGCUCGAUUUCUGGGUUGUCAGUCGACUGCCUCGAUUUCGGUCUGAUCAUCGACGGGGCCACUCUGUCUAAAGUACUGAAGCCCAACCAGGAGGGAGCCGGGCCCGGCAACUACAGAGAAAUUUUUCUAGAGAUCUGUCGCAACUGUAGCGCUGUGCUCUGCUGUCGCAUGGCACCGCUGCAGAAAGCACAGAUUGUGAAACUAAUUAAAGCUUCCAAGGAGCACCCCAUAACCCUCGCCAUCGGCGAUGGAGCCAAUGAUGUCAGCAUGAUCUUGGAAGCACAUGUUGGCAUUGGCAUCAUGGGUAAAGAAGGCCGACAGGCAGCAAGAAACAGUGACUAUGCCAUCCCCAAGUUCAAACACCUGAAGAAGAUGCUGCUCGUUCACGGGCACUACUAUUACAUCCGAAUUGCUGAACUCGUUCAGUACUUCUUCUAUAAGAAUGUAUGCUUCAUCUUCCCUCAGUUCCUGUAUCAGUUCUUCUGUGGGUUUUCCCAGCAGCCUCUGUACGACACCGCCUACUUGACGUUGUACAACAUCAGCUUCACCUCACUUCCCAUCCUCCUCUACAGCCUGGUGGAGCAGCACGUCACCAUGGAGACGCUCAAGAGGGACCCCUCCUUGUACAGGGACAUAGCAAAGAACUCCCUCCUCCGCUGGCCUGUCUUCCUUUAUUGGACAUGCCUGGGUGUGUUUGACGCUGUUAUCUUCUUCUUUGGUGCCUACUUCCUGUUUGACAACACCACCUUCACCAGCAAUGGCCAGCUUAUGACCACCAACACACAGAUGAUGUUUGGGAACUGGACCUUUGGGACUCUCGUCUUUACUGUGCUGGUGUUCACCGUUACGCUCAAGCUUGCCUUGGACACACACCACUGGACCUGGAUCAAUCACUUUGUCAUCUGGGGGUCGUUGCUUUUCUACGUUAUUUUCUCUCUUCUCUGGGGAGGCAUCAUUUGGCCCUUCCUGAACUACCAGAGGAUGUACUACGUGUUCAUGCAGAUGCUGUCCAGCGGUCCGGCCUGGCUCAGCAUCAUCCUGCUCAUUACGGUCAGCUUGCUGCCAGAUGUCAUUAAGAAGGUCCUCUGCAGGACCAUGUGUCCCACAGCCACCGAACGUGCACAGGAUCAUGAAAAGCUGUCGCAGGGUGGCGUGGCCGAGUCGACUCCACUGUCCCCUCCUCGAUCCUACAAAGGCACGAGCACCAACUCCUCUCACCUCCACCUCGGCACCGUGGAGAUGCUGUCGCUCCGCCGGUCUGAUCCCCUUCCCCAGAAACUACUGGCCCACUUGGCGGAAGGGGGCGGGGCAGAUUUGUGCUCUCUCAGCCCCUACAGGCUGAGACUCUCGGGGGCUGGAUUUGCCUACUGCGCUCCAGGGCCGGAGACCUCCGUGUGAACACAAGCGCGGACUCUGACACUACGUGUGCAUGAAUCUGGUGGGCCGAAACUGAAAGUACAUCUCACGAUGUGCAACCAAGAUCUCAAGGGUCGAGGAUUUCUAGAGCAAAACACAAACCAACAUGUUCACACGCAUCAACCUCUUUGCUGAGUUCACCAUGUGCAUUUUCUGGGCUACACCUGAGUGGAUGACCCUUUAGAAAUUGUAGCCCUGACGCAUCAUCUUCAUACUUUUUGUUUCCGUGUAGUUCCUGUCUUAGUCUCAUCAAAGUUCCCACCCAGCUUUCACUUGAACAAGUCUAAGAAAGAAAGGGGAACCACGUGCGGACGUGCAUCAUUUCAUGCACUAAUGAAUUGUCCUGUUUCAACAUGUUGGACAUUUUUGUAUUCCUCGUCCUCAUUUCCGGUCUCACGUUCUUGCCUGUUCCUCCAUUUUCACGUCCUUUUUGCUCCUUUGUAACCAUUUGUCGGAAACAUUUAUGUACAGUAUGUGGUCUGGCCAAGUAAGGGGCAAGCUCAGCCCUUUAGAUGUGCGUGCGCGUGCGUGUGCAUGUGCGCGAGUGUAUGCAUGAAUUUGCCUGUUACUGUAUGUUUGUAUGUGACACACCUUUGCCUUACAGGUAACCACACAGCAGCAGGCUAGGAGCCAAAGGAGAAGGGUGUAAAAGAAACAAACAAAAAAAAAAAUUAAGAAGAAGCAGAAGUGGUGUUUUACAAAGCCUUACACUCACACACACCCAUCAGCUGAGGGAGCGAAAAGGGGAAAAUCGGAAGAGGGAUGUGCAGUAUUCUAGCCACCCUGCCUUAAUUCAUAGAUACUCAUUUUUAGUGGAUUAUAUUUCUAGGUCAGUUUCAAAAUGUACGUGAGUGGACAGGGAGCUUCAGAGGGCAUACAUGUCUGGUACAGUGUGUCUCUUCUUUCACUCUCACAAUCAUGUUUGGUGUCCUUAUCUGCCGUUGUAGCAUGUGGGAUCUCUGCUGCAUGCUGAUCUGUCCUUCUUCUCUCGGGUCUUCCUUAUACCUCUUCAACACAGACAUCAUUCAUUACGAAACAUAUCAUGACACCUUGGCUGAAUUCAAAUGCCCAGGCUUCACUUGUGCAGACUUGCAGACUUUGGGGGGCUCGUUCAUCGUUUGUCUGCGAGUGCUGAGGGCUCUCCAAACCCACAGUUCAUCCAGUCCACAAGGGUUGUCAAACAGUCUCAGAGAGUCAGAUUGGGCUCCAGACCUAACUGGACUUAUUGGUUUAGUACCCACAAUUCAUUGCAAUAUGGGCAUGAAAUAGUUUUUUCCAAUUUCUGAGCAAAAAAUAAAUAAAUAAACGUAUUAUGAGUGUAAAACAAUUAAUCAAACAGUAACUUGACAACAGACAGGAAGAUACUCUAUUAAUCAGGUCAUUCGGUAAUGAUUAGUUUCUAAAUAUCUGACAUACCGACUACUUUCUUAAUGAGUUGUUCCUCACACUGACUAAGCAGCUGAGUAGCACGAACUAGUAACGACUCAUUAUUUACUAAUUAAUUAAUCAUUAGUUACUCUUUAUGUCAUCCUUCAAGUCAAGUGAAACACAAUACUGAUUAUUAUCCAAGUAGGCUCAAUAAAUACUAAUUACUUAACCAUAAGUUGCUUUAUUUGUGAUCUUCUGGAGUGAAACAUAACACUGAAAUGCAUUUUAGAGUUGGAGUGUUUAUGCCUGUCUACCAGCAUCUUAAACAGACCUGCAGUCUCACAACCUUGCAGGCUGGACGUCACGGUGCGUUCAGCCGAAGUCUCCUCAGUCCUCAAGUCCAGAAUGUGGACAUUUGGAUUCAGCCCUUUCUUUCUCAUGACAAUGAGCCCACUGUGCCCACACCUGCCUCCAUGUGGCCGCGUCGGGCAACAGCAGCGCCCCGACACCGAUGGAGUCUUUAUUUAUGGAUGUCCUAAAUGACUUGUUGCAUUGUGCUUGUGUGUUUGCUGCCAUGCUCCGUGUUAUGCAAAAGUUGUACGUAAGAAUGCUAAUGUCAUGUCGUCAUGUUUAUAAGAGGUUUUUCUCUGUGUUGCAUUAAUCCAUGAGUUUUUAUGUAUUGUUCGAAAAUUAUUGAUGGCGGUCACUGUUGAUGUAUGGAUGUAACUUAAAAACUUUUGAUAUAUAUUGUAGUGAAAAGAGGGUGUUAAAUAUAAAGUAUAUAUAUAGUCUGUUGUAGGUAGGAGGGAGACUUGAAUCGGCGAUGUCACAAUCAAAUCAAUAGAAUGUUGAACCGAUUUGUCCAUCAUGUCCUCCAGCUAAAGAUUGUAGCUCAUUAUGGAUGAACGUCUCUUCUGCAUUUCUAACAUCCGAAGUCCUCUUUGUCCAAAGCAUAUCUGUGGUGUUGCACAGCGAGUGACUGACUCUGGAAGUCUUGAAUGUCAGAUUCUGAAACAUUUUUCUAUGUUUAUACAGUUUAUUUUCAUACACAUCACCAUCUGCCAACAUUUAUAGAUUUAGUAACAGGUGUUCAAAGUUUUUUUUUUUUUUUACUGGGGCACAGAUGAUUUAUCAGUUUGGUUGGAGGUCUGGAUUUGUCUUUUUCAGUUUUCACUCAAAGCCCCCACAGGUGUUUGGACUUGGGGGCUCACUCUGACCUCACUAGACUAAUAAUUAAAGAGCCUUGGUGCUUGUUAUGCAGUGUCCCACCUCACUGUGCUGUUGCCAUAUUCUACAUGUCACAUUCUACCACAAUAAUGCUGUAAGGUCUAUUUUACUUUGAUAAUGUACCGGGGAACUCUUUGUAGUCACUCUUCAAACACAGUUUGUUAGCAGAGUCCUUCACAGCUCACUUUUUCACUACUUACCUGUCAUUUUUGUUUUUUCCAUUCUGAAUAUUUCUUUUGCUACUUUUGUAUCCCAGAGGAAAAGAAAAAACUAUAUUUUAACUCUGUUAGAAUGUACGUUCAAGUUUAUAACCAAAAUGAGAGCAACAUAUACAUUAUAUGAUUCAUUAGAGAUUUACCAGUAGGUUUACACACUGCACUUUGUUCUACAGCUGAUCGUUUUUCCCCUAAAAACAAGGUCUAUUGUCUGUCGACUGGGGUUUAUAAGUGUUCACUCCUCCUCACAAGUUAUUUUUCUAAGAAGAUUGUAGUGGGCGAGAUUUAAAAAAAAGUGACCAAAUAACUUGAAUGGAAUGGACUGUCUGUAGGCGUCUCAAAUGGGUUUAUCGCACCAGCCUUCUACUGCUGAUCAGAAUGUCAAACUGCUUUUUUUCUAAGUCCAUCAGCAGAACAGCAGGUGCUUCUCCUGUCAUUCCUGAGCUUGGCGAAGGUCUGAAAUGUGGACUUGUGUGUUCGGAGCAGCACACUUCAUAUCAUACCUUCAGUACAGCACUGUUUGUAUUACUAAACAGGUUUUGAGAAUUUACUUUUCAUGGGGGGGGAUAAAGAUUUUAAAAGUUCACCUGUUUACUUUUUGCCAGCCUGUCUGUAGCAAAUGAGGGCAAAGCACUGUAUUGUCAUUCUGCUUGUAAUAAAGAAAGAGUGAAAACAUU